CACAUCCCUCUUUUAUUUAUUGUUAGAUAUUAUACAUUUUUUUUUGAAUUAAUCAUAGUGUCCGGAGACCGAAGUUAACUAACUAAUCUGUGGGUCUCAACGAUGCCGACAUUUGUAAAUUUGUAAAUCCUUCGAUGACCAACGGAAAUCGAACUAUAGAUUUACCGUAUUGGAGUUAUUUCUCAAGUGCCACUAUCUCAAUGCCAUUGGUUUAUAUAUUAUACAUUUGAUGAACGUGCUAUUUUUUGGCCAUAACUCAAUUUGAAGUCCUUUCAAGUUGUACACGAUGUGCUUACCUUUUAAAACAUUAUUAUAACGGUAUUCAUAAAUUUUGAAUGCAAACGUGAAAAAAAGUUAUAUGCCUAAUGAUGUUAAACAUGAAAUUACUAAAUUUUUAAUAUUAACUACAUUAGUGUGGAUGCGGUUAUUGAUUUGAUAAUUCCACAUGUUUCAUAAGUUCUAUUAAUCAACCAUUUGAAAUUCUAAUUUCUGACAUGUAGGCUUUUUAUUGGUAUUGUGCUAACGUUGCGAUAGAGGAUGCAUACCACACUAUCUAUAUCUCACCAAAGUGACUACAAUCCAAACGUUACAAAGCUAUAAAGAUGGUAGUACAUGAAAUUCAAACAAAUAAAGAUCAAUGUUUUUAAUUGUGUUGGCCUAUUUGAACCAUUGUUUAGCGUCCUGUGUUCCCAAACAAAUCCAUAGACCGUAAAUGAUACAAGAGAAACUUUUGAUUUUAGUCAGUAAAUUACUCUAUCAAAAUCAUUUUUAAUGUUACAAACUUGAAAAGAAUGUAUUUUCAAUCUAAUGCAACAAGAGGAGAAUUUAGCAGCACCUACCAAGCCGAAAUCAAGCCAAUCUAAACGGGUAAAGAUAAUUCGUUUAGACUUUAGAGAGGGUAGCUAGCUAACUAGGGCCCGGUCUUGUUUAUUUUUACCAAAAAGCCCAUGUGGACUUGGACAAACCGUGUCAAAGUGAGUUUUCUAUUCCAAAUAGCCUACUGUUUGGUUCAAAACAUUGAAAACCAAUUCUUUUUAAGUAAAGUCAAAAGUCAAAGUUCAUAUAUGCGUGGUGUGUGUAUGCAUAAACAUAAGAUACUGAGACGAAACUUGCACAAGUCAAACAACGACGUCUCAAGAACCCUAUAAAUAAGUCAUUAUCGCAUUUAUUACACAUACAAACCAAGAAAAUACCCUAACCAAUAUCAAAAAGCUCUUUCUUGUUUUUUUUUUGUUUUUUUUUAUCUUUCAUUCAAAGAGAAAAAAAACAAGUAUGAUGAGGAGACAAUUAGUGCUCGUAGUAAUCUUAGCUGUUAUUUUCGUUGUUGUCUUGGACGUUACACAAGUUGAAGCCACGAGGUCUUUCCCGGUGGACGUCGAUGAGAUCAGUCUGCUAUUGCAGGUGCUGCAAAGAGGUCCGGUUAGAGGCUCUGGUAGGAACGGUUGCACCCAUAUCCCUCGCGGCGGUUCAGGAAGGUGCCGCCACGGCUAAAGCUGUCACGCGAAACUUCUUCAUCAUUCUUUGAUUUUUUUCUUUUUGCAACAUUUGUAUGUUACGUACAUAAUUACAUAUACGUAGUUAUACAGUAGCUUUAGACUUGGUCUCGUAUCAUUUGAAUUGUAAUCAACGGUAAUUUGAUUAAUACAAACAUGUUUUUUCCCGCUAGUCACUAAGUUGGUAAAGAAAAAUAGCAUUUUCCGAAACAAAUGGAAUAAUAAAAAGUUUCUUUCUCUUUUUUUUUUUUUUUUUUUUUUUUUGGUAACUCUGGUAUCUAGGCAGCCACAUUCCCAACUAUCCCCGUAGGGGGUCCAGCGCCCCAACGGAAGGGAUGUUAAAUCCGUUGUGGCCGGGACUCGAACUCGUGAUGGCAUACUCAAAAAAGUUUCUUUCUUGUUUUGAAAAGAAGCUUUAUUGGAUUCAGCUUGAAAAGGUAGACAAUACAGUGAAAUAAUUUAAGUAUUUUGACUCUUAUAAUUUUACCACAAAACAAUCACAUAACACACAAUGACACAAACUUACGCUUUAAUUAUAUACAGCGUCUGAAGGAAAAGCUGUUCUCACGGCAGUGUACUCCCACUUACACCGUUCGUGGCUGGAGGUUUUUCCUUCCGACGUCUCUUCUUGAUGAAGACGUUACAAAAAGUCAGGCCUUGAAGGCAACUAAACCGGUUUGGUUUCUGAUUCAGUUCUCUGUAUCGGAUUGUGAAUAAUAUUGAGCGUUUGACGACACUUGCGCCAAAUAAACAUAACCGGAAUCUUUAGACUGGUUACUUUUUUUUAGUACUUGAAUUGAAGCUGAUCAGAAUUGAUAACCACUAGAGAGACAAAACCUUUUUAUUGAAUUUAUGGUAGGCUUCCGGUUUAUCAAAACAUAAACAAUGAUUUCUAAAAUAAUCAAAUAAUUUAUUUCCUUUAACUAUCUAAUCGUUUCUAAAAUCUUCAAAACAAUGAAACAUGUACCAAAUAUUUGCUAUAGUACAUUUGUAUACAGGAAC